AUGCCUUACCCAUCAGACAACACCGCUUCUCUUCUUGUUAUGGUGAUUGUUGCUGCUUUUGCCGUUAUCAUUACGUUGCCAGAUGCAGCCCUGCCCACGGGCUCGGAUUCUGCCCUCGAUUGCCGGGAAAUCGCAUCGGCAGCCGCUGAACGCGCCGAGCGCGGCGGACUGAAAAUGAGGGCUCAGUUCGGCACCACAGAAUUCUCACCCAACCCUGGUGGGAAGAGAGAAGUAGGUGUGCUAGUCCAAGGGAAUAACAAUCCUUUCUUCGUCUGCCCCAACUACAGAGAGGAAGAGAGCUACAUCGAAGAUACGCCGAUUUAUGGUAACCUCACUCAAGUGUCUCCUGAACCAGUGACCGAAAGCUGCUAUGAACAGAUGCGAGCCCGGCCUCCGAGGUCCAGGAACGAAGAGCAGGAACCCCCUGUGAAGGCACAGCCUGAAGUCCAGAUGUGCUACGCCUCUCUAGAUCACAGCUUCAAGGGGAAGUCCAGGAAGCCCAGGAAGCCCAGGAAACCUAAGGUCCGGGCAGCCGACCUAGAUGAAGAUGAGCAACUGUCCCUGAAUGGCCCCAAGACCCCCCUCACCACCUACCACCAGAGCGAUUCGUUCCAGGCGGGUAUCGCCGAGGAGAGCAUCCACGACGAUCCCGUGCGCCUCUUCGGCUUGAUCCAUGCCGAGAGGGAGCUCGUCAACGGGCAGGAUGGCAACCCCUCUCGGUAACCCGGAAGAAAACGGCCUCCAGCCCCGUGACCCAGCAGAGAUCUCCAUGGACCGAAUGAGUCAGGGGCACGGAACAAUGUCCUGAUCACCGCAGGUCUGCACCGUCUGAGGCUGACGCCAACCCGACUUGCUUUCACCAUUUCUCCAGAGGGGACGGAAGUUUCCAGGGCAGGGGGAGGAUCCUGGGAAUAAUGGGCGCAAGAGUAAUGAUCACCCACGGUGGUGAGAAGCUCGCAGCGUUGGGUCAGGGUGAGGGACAAUGA